UCUAUGUUAAUUUAUUAUUGUUAUCAUCGUUUAUUAUGUGUGUUUAUAACAGUCAAGGUAUUAUAUGGAUUAUCGAAAUUAAUUUCCUGUAGCUCGAAAAGAGAGAGAGAAUUCUAACAUCUGUUAAAUUUUUCACAUUUUAAUACAUAAUUUGCGAUUGAGAGUCCUUCAAUCGCUUUGAUACCUGACAGUAAAAUCAUGCAUCCUGGCGUAGGAAGAGAGCCUGGGAUAUGCAACCUAAAAAAAUAACCUAAAACAACGCUCCUGAAAGGAAAACCGCUUCUCGAAGCGUCGACGCGCAUUGAGUACGCGCCUAGGCAUUUUUCCCUGCGCCUUUCCUUCAUCGCUCUCUUGCCCCCCGCCUGCGUCGAUACCACCAACGACGCCUACUUGGGUACCGGAGUAGAUAGGUUGCCAGAUCUUCGUCGCCGUGCCAGUCCCAGCACAGUCAACGUAACGCGACGGUGUACUCGGAGUCGGAGCAAACCAGUCUUCAUCGGUCAUCGCUCAAAGGAGACCGGACCGGAGUUGUCGCACGAUCGAGAAGAGGACGGACGACUCCUUUCGUCGGCUCGCCAGCACGACGUCUUGGUCUCCGCACCAUCUUCGAGGAACGCGACUUCCUCGCCCCGAAGUGCUUCAAUGUCCGAGCAUCCGGUCGUGAUGCCGCGAGUCCCAGCGUAUCACCGUUUCGCCGACUUAUCGUACCGUCGUCGUCGUCUUCCUCUUCGUCGCUGAUGCCGUCAUCGUCAUCGUCAUCGUCAUUGUUAACAUCGUAGUGACGUAUCUCGAGAAAACUGAAGCGAAUGUGAGUGUAAUUUCUGUCUUUCUAUCGAAUGUGCGCACCAACGAAGUUGUACGGGGAGAGGCUGCCCGGAUACGUCUUCGUCUCGGCGACGAUAUCACCGAUACGUGUGUUAUCGUUCAAGUGCUAGCGUCCUAGAGCGUCGCUGGUGAAUGCAAGACGGAAUCUUUGGAGCUUCGAGAUAGAAAGAGAGAAAGAGAGAGAGAGAGAGAGAGAAAGAACACUCUUCCCCACCUCUCCAUCUCUCUUUCUCUUUUUUCUCAGGUCGUGUUUCCUGUGCUCUCGCGCUCGUCACGAGUCUACGCAGGUAGGGCGAGCCGAUACGAGUCGGUAGAGGUGGGAGAGACGACGAGAAGAGCGAUUCCCGCAGUCUCAAUCGGUGUAGGCCACCCGUAACAUACGGAGAUCGGGAAGCGCGAUUGAAGAGAGCGGCGAGAGCAGAGGAGGAGAAGGCGGCGAGGGAUUAUUCCCAUCGGUAUCGCGGGGAACGCUGCUGGUACCCAGCAGCGGUGACGGCGACGACGACGGCGUUUUCCCGAUUGUUUCAUUCCGCCGUGGCGAAACGCGGAGGACAGGUGGAAGCGAAGAAGAGGAGGAAGAAGCCAACGGCGUCGUCCCGUGGGAACGAGACGGUCGCGAAGGAGAGAAAGGGAAGGUGAGAGAAAACGAGAACGAAGGAGAGGUCUGGCUGCGUCGUACGUGAUACACGCGAGAUAUAGGUAGCCGUGCCGUGAAAGAAGGCAAGUGGAGAACGGAUAGACGCAGAAAGAGUUACGAGGACGAGGAAGGAGAGACAAGGACGCCAGGGGUCCACUGAUACAUAAGCCAGAGGAAGAGGGAACGCGCGAGCGAGCGAACGAACGUGUGAUCCAAAAUGGCGCUCAACCAAGACGUGGACCAGUUGAAGAGUAAUCUCGUCGUCAGGGUGGACCAGAACUCCGAGUCCGAUCUUCAGGCUCUAUUCGACACCGUCCUCAAGCCCGACUCCAAGCGACCGCUACAGGUGCCGUUGCGCAUGCGCAAUCUACCGGAUUCCUUCUUCAAUCCACCGUCCACCGGCAGCAAGAGUCCCUCGAUCUCGCACUCGCGCGAGAACUCCGCGGAUUCCGCGUUCGGGACCGCGGUGGCCGCGACGCCGAGCAGCGGCGGCGCGCCCAACGUAAGUGCCAACGGAAGCGGAAGCGGUGGCGGUGGUACCGGCACAGGUGCCGGCGGCGGAGGCGCGGGCGGCGGCGGUGGCGCCGGUGGCGGCGGAGCCGCGAAUAGCGCAGGUGCGGUCGCGGCCGCGGCCGCCGUAGCCGCGGCCGCCGCUGCGGCCGGCCUCACCGUUGCGCAUCCCCGCGCUCACAGCAGCCCGGCCUCCCUGCAACAGACGUACGCCUCGGGGCCACAGGCGCCCCAACACGCGCCGCAGCCGCACGCGCGUCACCAUCAUCAUCAGAAGCAGCGCAGCUACGACGUCAUCAGCACGGUCGACGACCUGGGCCCGUUGCCGCACGGAUGGGAGCAGGCACGCACCUCCGAGGGCCAGAUCUACUUCCUCAAUCACCUGACACGCAGCACGACAUGGGAAGAUCCACGAAAAACGGCCGCAGCCGCGAAUGUGGCCGCGGUAGCCGCCGCCGCAGUCGAGAACAAAUCCAACCCCAACUCGCUUGGUCCAUUGCCGGACGGAUGGGAACAGGCACGCACAGCCGAGGGCGAAAUCUACUUCAUCAAUCAUCAGACCCGCACUACUUCGUGGUUCGAUCCGCGAAUCCCGGCACAUCUUCAGAGAACUCCGGCAUCCGGUGCGAUGCUGCCGCAGAGCUGGCUAGCGCAGCCCGCCAAUGUCAUUCAGAGCAACGCGAACCUGCAGGUCUGCCAGCAAAAAAUUCGUCUUCAGUCGCUACAAAUGGAACGUGAACGCCUCAAGCAGCGGCAGCAAGAGAUCAUGCGUAGUCAAGAGCUGUUGCUGCGACAGAACAACACGGACGCCGCCAUGGAUCCGUUCCUAUCGGGGUUAAACGAGCAACACGCACGUCAGGAGAGUGCCGACAGCGGCCUAGGACUUGGCACAACAUACUCCCUUCCUCACACUCCGGAUGACUUCCUCGGCAAUAUGGACGACAACAUGGACGGCACAAGCGAAAGGCACUGUGCGUUGAUUGAUCUUACGAAACGAUUAUACCGAAGCCAUAAAUACAUAAACGGUGGUACGCCGAUGGAGACGCCGGAUUUAUCAACUUUGAGCGAUAACAUCGAUUCGACUGACGACCUUUUACCGUCUCUUCAUUUGAGUGAGGAUUUCAGCAGUGAUAUAUUGGACGACGUACAAUCACUCAUAAAUCCUAACACGACCAAAGGCGACAACGUGCUGACGUGGCUGUAGAAUCAAGAUCGCACGUGCAGCGGAUUUAUGUGGAUUCUCACAAAUGGCCCCGUAAAUAGCACCGUGCAAUAUCGACGCCUUCAAUCGAUGAAAUGAGAUUCUCCAGGGAAUCUUUACACAAAGAUUAUUACGAUUUAUUUUAUAUAUGAAAGUAAUGAAUUUAAAAUAAUUUUUUAUAUAAGAAAGCUAAGCUCACAUAUCUGUGCAAAACAGUUUUCAAACUAUACAGUGGCCUUUAAUUGCGCGUAAUGCUCAAAUCUAGAUACGUAUACAUACAUAUAUAUAUGUGUGUUCAUAUAUAUGUACAUAUACAAGAGAGUGUAAGGAUUCCCAUUCUCUUCCGAUUCUUUUUUCUCUCUCUUUUUCUCUCUUUCUCAGGUGUAGGGUGCGAUAGUGUGUCUGUAUGUGUGUGCGAGAGUUCUAAGCGUUUUGUAUAUAAGUUUAUACUUUCUUGUACACUGCCUGAGAAGAAGAAAAAGAUAAAGAGAAAAAGAGAGAAAAGUGGCGAUUAGAUUUGUGGCAAUGUAUAAUAUGAAUUAUAAAUAGAAGUGCUCUCACAGGAUGGAUUUUAUAUAUAACAAAGGAUAAAUCGCGAUAACUGCUAUCUUUAAUUGCUACAUAUGCAAGAGAAAGAAAAUGUAAUUUAUCGCAAAAAUAUGAAGAGUAACCAUAUGUUACAAUAUAUCGACAUCUCUAAGUGUUUCGAGUACUUUCAGAAAAUUUAUUUGACAUUUUUAUAAUUGGUCGAAAACUUCUCUGUUAGCUUUUGUAAAUCAUUUUGCGUGUAAAUUAUAAGAUACAAUUACAAAUUUUCUAAUUCUUUAUAACGCAUGUAAAAAAACAUUACUGUCAUAUUCGUUAAAUUUAAUCUUUUAUUAUGUAUCUCUAAUCUCUACGAUUGAUUGCAUUUAUAAUGUUCUCCUUUCCAAAUAUCUAAAUUUUGUGAAUAUACUGAUGGUUUGCAAUUUUUUGCAAGAAAAAUUCGCAAUCGUGAAAAUUUGUUGCAUUAUGAUGUUAGAUUUUUGUGCUAGAACUCAAUUUUAUCCAUUAUAAUAAAUUAACACGUUAUUAGAGUUAAUUGUCGUGUUAAAAAUUUGCACUCUUUUUUAUUUUAUGACAAUUGGUUGCAUUAAAAAUUAUCGUCAAGUAAUAGGUAAUUAUUGUAACACACCUUUACUCUUUAUAUUUGUACAAGAAAUUUACUCAGUUUUCCUUCCUUAGCAUAUGUGGUUUUUAUUUAUAAUUCAUACUAUACAAAGAUACGAAUAAUAAUUUGCGAAUAUAAGUCAUAAUCAUGUUUGACGAAGCUCUUCAUAUUACUAGCUUGAAGAUCAUUUAUUUUGAAUCAAUAUUAUAGAUAGAGCAAUAUAAUGAUUUACUGGACAAAGAUUGAAAAAGUUUUUAAUGACAAUAGACGUUUGUCAAUAUUUCGAAUAUGACAUAUACAAUCGUGUUGUAUAAUGUUUAAUAUACGGAGAUAUCGAAGACGAAUCUCCAUGAGUUGCCAAUUUCGGGAUGCAUUACGGAUUAUGAUAAAAACGUUUGCGAUCCCACUCGUGGUGUAAUUUUAUACAAGCGAUCAUGUGUUUUGUAGAGUGCCUUAUCUUUAUAAUUAAUUAACAUGACACGACCCGCCGGUCGUCGUUUUUCGACAAUAACCGUCCAUUACAAUCGAAAUAUUACGUGAACAUAAUUUUAUUAAUAGGCAACACAUUUUUAGAACUUCGGCUAAA